AAUUUUUUUGAUAGAUAAUGAUUCUGUAUGUUUACUCUUUUCUUUUAACAUAUGUUCCAUCCAUGGCUAAAACAUCCGAGACUAAUUGGAAAAGGAAAUGUUGUAUGUUUGAGUCACCUGAGUUUGUUCAAAUUUUAAAUUAUUGGUUGUCAGUUCAUUGUAACUUGUGUAUUUAUAGACAUAUUUCAUCGGUAGUAUUGAAUAUUUGGUCAUCCAAAUUUCGAGUUCAUGGAUGGGAUGAGACUCUAGAAUUUCAUUUCCUUUCCUGAAAUAUUAUUUUCCUUUCACUGCAAUAUUGGUAGUUGUUGUAAAUGUCAUGGCAUAGAAACAAAAUUCUCUGCCCCUUAGAGGAAUAGCACUAUUCAUAGUCCUUUUCAUUUGCAUCCUGAAUUUCUAAUACUUAGGAACCAACUACUUUUCAAUAUUACUUAGCAUUAUUGAUUGUGAUUGAUUUGCUCUGAUGAAAGAUGUAUUUUUGGUGCAUUUCGGGUGAGUCCAUUCUCCUUGCUGAGUCCGAGUAGGAAACAAACAGCCUACGUUUUCACUGUAAUCGUUUUGCUUAACAAUCUGGAUGGUGUGGCCAAUAAGAAGCAUGGGUGGGUUGUUAAAUAAACAAAAAGUUGGACGAUAAAAGAUACAUGCAUUAGGAGUAUCAAAUACAUAAAAAGAGUAUUUUCUAGUUGUUGACACUAACAUCCUCAAACUCAGAUCAAUCAUCGGAUCCAUCCAUAAGCUGCAAGAACCAUGAACUAGAUCAUCAGUUAGUGGGAAGAUGUAACACAAUAGAACAUAUAGAAAUGCUUAAUAUCUAUCAGAUGGGAACAGAGACUGGUCGUAGCUUCCAUAGAGCUGCAAAAGAAAUCCACCCUCAAUUUCUGUCGUUGAGUUUAUUGCUGUCGCAUACCAUGUUAUCAUCUACACCCUGGUAAACAAAUCAAAUUCACGGAGAAUGAUGACUCCAUUCAUGAAGGCCUGAACAUUUUUUUAUUGUUUUAAAUUAAUAAUUAGGAUUAUCUUGCUCACAGAUUGAACUGAAAUCUCUAUAUUAAUGAAUAUUACAAUCCGUCUUCCACAUACACAUGUAUGUCAUGUCAUUUAAAACCAGUUAAAGAUCAAGCAUGAGUAUUAACAGAGCUUGUAAAAGUUCAUCAAAUGUGCAAGAGAUAGUUGAUGUAUCUGUGCAGGCCACCAUAAACCAUCACGUAUCUUCACCCACAUAAGAAUUCCCAGAGAUGGAUAAUUGCAUUCGGCAUCAUUGCCAUCAUGAUUUGCAUAAUUUCUCUUCAAUUCAUAUCUUGAAAUCCACUACUUUUAUACUGUGGUUUACAGACCACACUGGCUGUAAACCACACUAGCUUGAGCUAAUUCCACUACUGUACCAAAAUCAGAAAACUGUGAAAACGAGAAAUUAUAAUACAGAAACCCAACGUUAUGCAAGAGCAUUUUAUGAAGUAAAACUAACCACUUCGUCAGUGGUUUCAUCAGUUCAAUCCAACAUACCUGAUGUAGGUAUUAACACAUGAUUUAUCUAUCUUUUUGUGUUGUAUCCUACUUGCAAGGCUUAUAAAAUAGCCAGGGAUCCAUGUAGUUUCUCUGAUCUAGUUCAAUACUUUGUACCAUAUAAAAUUAUUACAGGAGACUGGUUUUCCCUUUACCUUUUUUGAGCUUCAGGUUAAUUUAUUGACUUUUUAUUUCACUUUCCUCUUGGCUUAUAAAGCCAAAGUUUUCCUUUUGGUAUUGGGCAGUAAAACUUGCUUUCCUUGGUGCUCUGCCGGUGUGACUUGGGCAUAUCUCAGCUUUUGUAUUGGACCAAUUUCUUAGAUUUUAUGCCAGGAUAUGUGAAUUUGAGAUCUGUAAACUAAUUUUCUACUAUUUUAUCGGUUAGAUCUGGCUGCUCUUAUUUCUGUCCCUCCCCUCUAAACCUGCAAUUGUCUGAUAUUUGAUUGAUCCUUUUGGGAACAUGUGAUGAAUUUAGCCUUGGGUUAGGGUUCAGGUGCGUCCGAGGAUGCACCUAUUAUAGCGAGUCCACCAUUCCAAAAUACAUUUGGAUUUUGGAUCCAAAACUCUACAGGUCAAUCAUCUCAAGCGCCAAAAUCAUGAAUCUGGCGAAAAUGAAUUUUAAACCUUCAAAUUGUCGAUCCCGGACCCUUCUUUGACUGUUCGUUCCAGUUCUUCAAAGAUAAUCUCUACACUGGUUUUAGAGAUCCAAAUUUCUUAUCUGAGGUAAAAAUGGAUUUGCAGUUAUCUGGGAUGUGUUUUGGAUCCUAAAACUAUCGAAAAUCAGGGCAGACACAUGAAUCAGCGGAAUCAUGGAAAACUUUUCAUUUAGUGUUUAGAUCAGGUGGUUUAUCAUUUUUAGUUGUGGUCUCUCUGCUCUGAUGAAAGAUAUGUGUUCUAAUUUCCAUACAUCCUACUACCGUCAUCCUUUUUAUUAGAAGGGUAUUCCUGAUCCUAAUUUCUCCUUUCUCAUUUUUGAGGUUCAGAUUGGUUUAUGGACCUUUUAUAAUACUUUCCUUUCUGUUCAUAAUACCAAUUUACCCUGCUCUUCUUUUGGAAUCGGACAGUGAGUUUGCUUUCCUUUUGUCCUUUUCUGGCCUAGUCUAUUGGGAUAAGUCUGCUGAGCUAAUGUUAUAGACCUUGAUUCAUUAGAGAGGACUUUAUUUGGGUUUUUUUUGGAAGUGUAAGCUGGAUUGGCCAUUUGUUUUUAAGUUAUUUUUUUGACUUUUGGAUUUGAUAAAAUAAGUUAGUUUUUGAUGAUACGUAGUUUUCGAUGACAAGGAUCGGUUGGAAAUCGGUAGGGUACCAAGUGCGAGUCACGUCUGAUGGACUAACCACAUCCAGACACGCUAAGAAUUUGCAGAUGGCAAAGAUGAUGAAUAAAAUGAAGAACACAAAAUAUAAUACAUGGCUUCUGAUAUCUGAUACUCCCCCGUAUUGGAGGUAACUUUUGGCAUUGUACCGCUAUUGGGGAAGUUGUGAGAUGUCAGUUGGAUCAUUUCAUGCCGGUAUGGGUUUUAUUGGUGCUUUGCACACUAUGUAAGUUCGUUGCGAUUAGAAUGUAUAGAUUUAUGUAUUUGUUUAUUUAUUUUUCUUUAGAGUUGAUAAUAAGAAACCUUUGAGAUGCACUUUGGUAUAUCAGGAAGCUCUUUUGUAUUAUUUUGUAUGAUGUAUGCUUUAAUAUGGUCCUGUAUACAUCCUGAUCCUUCCCAAGAAUAAUGGUUUUGAAGACGUUUGGGCAUCUGAAUUUCAGAUUUACUGGUGAGCUGGAAAGUAUUGAUGCCUGCUUGUUUUGAGAAAGAAUUAUUGAUGCCUGGAAGAAAAGAGUGUGAAGCAUAUGGUGCUUUUGUGGAGCAUGCGUAGUUUGAAUUCAGGUAGUGUGAGAGUAGCUGUUCUGAGUUUUGGUGUGGAAUGCAUGUAUGGUGUUUCCAGAUGAGGACCUACAAUGCUGAAUACAUUACCCCAUGGGACUACUUGUGGCUUGGAUUAUUUUAGGGACCCAUGAGGAACCUUCUCUCUUUUCCUAGAUCAUCACUCACUCAGCACUACAGCAAGGGAUUGGUGCCAUUCAACAGGUCUUUCAGCACACAAGCCCCAACUACAUCAAGUACUCCCCAGCCUCCAUCCCCUCCACCACCCCCUGAGAAAACCCACUUCGGUGGCCUCAAGGAUGAGGACCGCAUCUUUACCAACCUCUAUGGUAUAAAUGAUCCAUUCCUCAAAGGGGCCAUGAAAAGGGGUGACUGGUACCAAACCAAAGACCUCAUCCUCAAAGGCUCUGAUUGGAUCGUCAAUGAAAUGAAAAAGUCGGGCCUUCGAGGACGUGGGGGUGCCGGCUUCCCAUCGGGUCUCAAAUGGUCUUUUAUGCCAAAGGUCUCUGAUGGCCGCCCCUCUUACUUAGUUGUGAACGCCGAUGAAAGUGAGCCAGGAACUUGCAAAGACCGAGAAAUCAUGCGGCAUGACCCUCAUAAACUCCUAGAGGGUUGCUUGAUUGCUGGCGUUGGCAUGCGAGCUAGUGCAGCCUAUAUCUAUAUUCGCGGUGAGUAUGUGAAUGAGCGGCUCAACCUCCUCAAGGCCCGAAAAGAAGCCUACGAGGUCGGUUUGCUCGGCAAGAAUGCCUGUGGCUCGGGCUAUGACUUUGAUGUGCAUAUUCACUUUGGCGCUGGUGCUUACAUUUGUGGUGAAGAGACGGCACUAUUGGAGAGCCUUGAGGGCAAGCAAGGGAAGCCGAGGCUUAAGCCCCCUUUCCCUGCAAAUGCAGGGCUUUAUGGGUGCCCCACCACCGUAACAAAUGUUGAGACAGUCGCUGUGUCGCCGACCAUAUUGCGCAGGGGCCCCGAGUGGUUUGCGAGCUUUGGUCGAAAGAACAACUCGGGCACAAAGCUCUUUUGCAUUUCGGGCCAUGUGAACAAGCCUUGCACUGUUGAGGAGGAGAUGAGCAUACCCCUCAAGGAGCUUAUCGAAAGGCAUUGUAAAGGUGUUCGAGGAGGGUGGGACAACCUAUUGGCUAUAAUCCCUGGUGGCUCAUCGGUCCCCCUCUUGCCAAAGGACAUAUGUGAUGAUCUUUUGAUGGAUUUUGAUGCUCUCAAAGCUGUACAAUCAGGGUUGGGUACAGCUGCUGUCAUUGUGAUGGACAAGUCAACUGAUGUUGUUGAUGCAAUUGCAAGGCUGUCGUACUUUUACAAGCACGAGAGUUGUGGGCAAUGCACACCUUGUAGGGAGGGAACAGGGUGGCUUUGGAUGAUAAUGGAGAGGUUGAAGGUUGGGAAUGCUAAGCUGGAGGAGAUUGAUAUGCUUCAAGAGGUAACAAAGCAGAUCGAAGGGCACACUAUUUGUGCUUUGGGGGAUGCAGCGGCCUGGCCUGUGCAGGGUUUGAUAAGGCAUUUCAGGCCCGAGCUUGAAAGGAGGAUUAAGGAUAGGGCACAGAGAGAGUUAUUGGAAUCAGCUGCCGCUGCCUGAGAAGGAAUGAUGGGUUUUCCUGUUUUUUGUUGAUUAAAUUUCUGUGUGAACUGGCCACGGGCUCCUGUGAAAUAAGAGGAGAGGAACUUGGGAGAAGAACAUUUGUAUUAAUUAAAUAUUAUUAUUUUAUUGAACAUAUGGAAGAGUAUGGAUUUGUUC